UCGAUUGAUCAUUACUAUGGAACCGAGUGUCAUUCUCGAAAAUUAUUUAGAGUAGUCGAUGACUGCAUACUUCUAUAAGGAUAUUCAAUGGGCACAAGUACAGCACGAUAGCCCGGCGCUUCGUGUUGGUAUGAGGAGAGACGGUCUGAACGACCAGUAGCCCUGUCCUGGGACUGACUUCACGACGCGUUGCUUGAAGGACGGGGCCUGUGUAAGUCCCCCCUCCCUGCAAGCAAAACUCAGUUGAUCCCACCUCCUCCGAGUCUGGUUGGAGCUGUUGAAUUGAUUUCUUUGCAGAACUCGGUGGAAGGCGCGCUAAAGACGGAGCUGAGGCCGCAAACAUGCUAACAGCUCCCGUCUUUUCUCCCAUCAAAAAGCGCCCUCGGACGCUGGUGAAAUCUCAAUCAUCUCCGACCGGCUUCGGUCCGAAGGAGACGAAAUCUCCCGAGCGCAGCCCUCUUGAACAAUCCAGCAACUGGAGUUCACGGCAGAUCAAGAGGUCAUCGAGUUCAAACAAUUUCGGAUCAUUAUCGGAGGAUGAUGACCAGCAACUGGGUCUAGUCACACCAGUUGGAACAGCGCUUGGUUUGGAUUGGAAGUCAGACCUUGACCAAUGGAUGGUGAAGCCAGAGGGCAGUAACCCACCUCCAGAACUGGGUCAUGGCGGUAUGCCACACAAAGAGCGAAAACAAGCAAUCGACAAAGCCUUGGACUGGCUGCGGGACGAAAUGCAACGUAUGCGAGAAGAGGAUGACCAACUGCGACAAGACUUCACCAAUCUCUACUCUGAGGUACAUAUGAUGAAGAUGGAGACGCUGAAAGCACAGACAAUGCUGCGAUACCGCAGCGGCACUAGCUUGAGCAGCUUGUCGGAGAUGGGUUCGGACGAUUCGGACGCCGAGAGUUUGUUUGACUUCCCGGACGGCAGCAUGGUGGGUAACGUUAGUGCCCAGAGUCUGAUGGGACGGCAGCAGCAUCGCAAGUCUGCUACCCUCACACCUCCUAGCCUGAGAAAGCAGCUUCUCACACCCGGUGUGAGCACCAUCAGACGCAAGUCUGCAAGCAGCAGGGAAGCCGUAUUUGAUGACUCGCCAAUGCAGUCCACACCUAGGAAGGCAGCAGCUUCUACUGCGGACACGGUUAAUGGUUCAUCAUCAGUAGCAGGCCAGCAAACUAGGCCAAAACUGCAGCGGAGAAAACUCAACUUGGAUAGUAAUGCUGGCCCAUCGCACCUAUCCAAGACUGUGGUGCAACAGGCCAAAGCUACAACGGGGGAAGAGCAGAUCAUCACUGAAACUGGUAACAAGGAUACGGGUAGUGUCAGGCAAGAGGCUGCCGUGGAGCAUAAACAAGUCAAGAAUGACACCAAGCAGCUAACUAACAUACCAAUAGUCAACACUGCACAGAAAGUAGCCGAGAGAAAGGAGAGUGCAACGCAGCCGAUACUCGCUUCAUUUGAGGCCCCAGCUCAACCACCUGUUCCAUCAACUCCGCCAAGGUCGAGAAAAGAAUCCAGCACUUCCCGGCAUGACAGCAUUACUCUGAUAGCUAAGAAUUCCCCGCAUAUAGCAAGGCGGGUACGCUCACCGAGAAAGAGCCCGAAUGAGGCUGGACAUCAAACUAACCGUGGUAUUCCCCCACCAUCAUUGAUACCAAGCGUUGGAGUCACAGCGAAUGUUACAACUAACUCCAGUCGUGUCCCAGCACCCGGAGCAGGGAAUUCAGUCUUUCACUCAACUCCCCAGCAACACUCACACACCCUGACUCAUACUGCUACUGAUGCCUGCACCGGUAGUCAAGCCGAACCGAAUGGGUAUGUUAGUCCGCCUAACAUCAGCCAAUCAUCGCUGGUGUCUGGUAAAGCAGCAGGACCACCGCCAGCAACGCAGGCCAUGCACUCCGAGGCAUCUCACUUCACCCUUAUGCAGCAUGACCAGCAACGGCAAGUGCAAGCUGCUGCGGCUUGCCUCACUGCGGGAUCCGGUGGCACACUGCCCAGAGUGCGACGCUCACACCGUCGGACGAGCUCAUCAUCAGAUGUCCUGCAUUUCGUGCAAGACCCACCACCACAAAUCACGCUCACUCCGGAACGCUCCGCUGUAGGUGAUGUUGGCACUGGCAUGGCUCACACCACUGGCACAGCUCACACCACUGGUGCAGCUCACAUCACUGGUGCAGCUCACAUCACUGGCAUGGCUCACACCACUGGCACAGCUCACACCACUGGCACAGCUCAUAUCACUGGUGCAGCUCAUAUCACUGGUGCAGCUCACACCACUGGUGUAGCACAUCAAGCAGUACUACACUCUAGAUCAAUGAGUGAUAGUCUAAUGAUGAACGUGGAACAUCAGUCACACAGUAUGCCCUCUAUCAGAGAUGCCCAGGAAGAAGAUCCGUUCUAUACACCGCUAAGAAGCAGUGCAAACUUCAACAAAUAUGACGACGAAGCAAAUGAUCAGAUCACGUCGCCACCAUCAUUGGCUCUAACGCACACACAGCAGCAGCAGAAGCAGAGUGUGAUUGUACGAUCAUCUUCCGGACGCCAUGGUACUGAUAGAGGACAGCCCCUCCACAAACGACCGACAUCAACACCUGCACCAUUCUUUCAGCCGCAAGGUCACCAAUUCCACCAUGGCCUGGAGAGCAUGAACAUGCCCAGCCCGGUGCUGGAAGAUUCCUCUCAGUUCUAUCACAGCCAUCGUAUGCAACAACAGCAUUCACCCAUGCUGGCAUCUCAUUCGGCAGUACAGCGUAACCAGCAUGUUCGACAUCAUUCCGCUGACUACACAGGACUAAUGUCACCUCCUGGAGUACAACCUCUGGACCUGUCGCCUCUAGUGGCGAGGACAGCUGCAGGUAACAGCAAUGUUUCAAUGCGAAAAGCAUCAGUUGAUUCACUGCUGGCAGCACCAUUGAGACAAACAUCAGCUCCAGUCAGUGCGCAGCAACAGGUUGGGUAUGCUGGGAUGACACCAAGCAAUGCAGCAUCUCAUCUUGCCAGAAAACAUUCUCUAUCUCUACCACCAUCACCCGGACCAGUAGCUGAGAGUGUGUCAGCGCCGAAUUCUCCCAAAGUGUCAAGAUCCCAGUCAGACGUGCAGCGUCGUAACCUAGCCAAGACAGUGGCAUUGCGAUGUGCUCAGGCUGCGGCUGCUGCUCCAGCAUCACCAUCGCCGUCACGAUCACAGACCAUGUUUUCAUUCUCGUCACCGGAAGUGGAGCAACACGGACAUACUGGUAGUAGCAUCACCAGCAGCAACGCCAGUGGCGGUGCUGGUGCUGGUGCUUUCGCUGCAUCUACUGCAGCUGAUCAGCGGAGUACGGGCAAUGCUGGUAGCCUAGCUAACACCAGAUACAACGGUAGUAUGGAGUCACUGGUCUAACACACUCUCUUGUGCCUGCCCUGCCAUAUAUGUGUACGUACAUAUGGAGCGUCGCAUCCAUGCACCUGCAUGCAUGUACUUAUUGCACAAUCACUGCACAAUCAUGUACGUGUACAUAACAGUAGAUAACAGAUAAUGCAGGUCGUCACUUUGCUAGCAGUACAUGCAUCAUCCAGGACCACAGUUGUAACAUUCUGCUGAACAAUGAACAAGCAGCCAACACUCACUAAUAGUCACUAUACAGUAUACAUGUACUGGUGUGUUAAGCUAUUUCUGAAAAUAUUAUACUAUUGUCAAGGUUUGCAUUUCUCAGACUGGAAUCUUGUUUGUACUGAGA